AUGGGACCACCGCGAGAGGUUGGCGGCUGUGUGGCUCUGCCGCUGAAACUCCCAUCCGUCGAGGGAUUGCCGGAAAAUGUACUACACUACUUAUACGUCAAGCCUCACGAUCCUAAAAUCUCAGACGACGAUGCCCAAAGAUCUCUGUUUCUAGUGAACAUUCCCAUAUCGACAACGACGCAGGCCCUUAGACAUCUAUUCACAACCCAACUAGAAGGUGGACGCGUUGAAGCGGUCCACUUCUCCGAAACCGUCCCUGGGAAAUCUGCAGCUGGUCCGAUGUCAAGUCGCAAAAGGAAGAGAAUGACUGCGGAAGAACUCGAGGCUGGUUUGGAUGCAUACUCUCUACCGAAAGCCUUUGACUCAGAAAUUCACCAAACGGGCUCGACGGCAAUCGUGGUGUUUGUGGACCGGGCCAGCAUGCAACUCGCUCUCAAGGGCGCGAAACGAGCCGCAAAAUCGGGUGCAGCUCUGGAAUGGAACAGUAGCACGACCAGGGGCGUGCCUCGCUUAGGCAUGACAAGAUACUCCCAUCACAAGCACCUUCAGUACCCGUCAAGGAAGGAGCUGCUCCGGUCGGUCAAUGGCUUCAUGACGGCGUAUGCACAGAUGGAGGAGGCACGAAGUCGGGAGAAUGCUCGAAAACGACAAGAGCCGGAUGAAGACGGUUUUAUCACUGUUACCAGAGCAUCCAGAGGCGCUGUUCGAAGUGACGAGGCCAAGGCACUUGCAGAGCGACAGAAGGAGAAGAACAAGGGCCUGGAAGAUUUUUACCGGUUCCAGAUGCGCGAGAAGAGGAAAGAGGAGCACGCGGAGAUGUUGAAGAAGUUUGAAGAGGAUAAGAGGAAGGUGGAGGAGAUGAGACAACGAAGGGCCAAACCUCAGGGUUGA